AGAUGGCUCUGAAGCACUGCCCUAACAAGACAUAAUCAAUAAAUUUAUCCUACACAUUUUUAACCACUCGUCUUAAAAUUCAACAAUGAGCGAAGCUUAACCGACAAAUCAUCAUGUAGAUGAAUGUUAAACCUACAAGAAUUUGUCACCGAGGAUAAAGAAAAGAAUUAUGUUGAAAAAACAGACUUGGACAGUCUUUGCUUUUUUUAUGGGAAUAUGUAUUCCUUUAUCUUUCGGCCUAAAUGACCCUGAUAUACCCAUAAUAAUAGAUGAUGACGAUUCUCCGGAGAAAAUAGCAUAUAAUGACGAGGUUAAUGAAAUAGUGAGAGAUUGGCGUACAAGUUUAAGACUUCACAAAACAGAUGAAGAAAACGAUGAAGGGCUAGAAGUGAAAGAUGACGAAGAUUUUGAAGUUGGAAGUACCGAAGAAAACGAUCAGGAUUCGAACAAAGGAAAUACUAACUCAGAUUACCCCUAUUGGAAAAGAGGUUUCGAUCAUUUAAAAGACAUUGUCAAUUUCUAG